AUGGCACCAAUAAACAUGCACAGAAUAACAUCGCGACUCGCUGCGACCGCGGUUUCAAGGCCCUUACAGGGAUGCCAAGUCAGAGCAGCGCCUAGAUGGUCCUCUCUGCGGCAUCUCAGCACCAGCGUACGCCUACCGGCCAUUGCCACCGGAUCACGGCCUCAAGCAAGAAAAACACAGCGCUUCGUGCCAGGCGUCUCCGGUCCUGGCAACAGCGUACGAACAAUCUUCAUCCAGACUGAAAACACACCCAACCCGGAUGCCCUCAAGUUUUUGCCAAACCACCGCAUCGUCCCCGAGACUAUGAGCACUCCGUUUAUAGAGUACCUAAACCCACGAUCUACGAUUUCUCCGCCGCACCCUUCGCCCUUGGCUGCUAAGCUUAUGAACAUCGACGGCAUUACUUCUGUCUUCUACGGAGCCGACUUCAUCACUGUAACCAAGGCCGGAGACGCCAACUGGGCUCAUGUUCGACCCGAGAUCUUUGCCCUGAUAACCGAGGCUGUCACUUCUGGCGAGACAAUAGUCAACGUCGUGGAGCGCAAGGGCGAUGAGCAUGGCGAGGCAGCUGUGGAAGAAGACAGCCUGGCUUACAACGAAAACGACAGUGAAGUAGUGGGCAUGAUCAAAGAGCUGCUGGAAACUAGGAUUCGACCGGCUAUUCAAGAGGAUGGUGGCGAUAUCGAAUUUCGCGGCUUCGAGGAUGGUCAAGUGAUGCUGAAGCUGCGCGGAGCUUGUCGUACAUGCGAUUCAAGUACGGUAACACUCAAGAAUGGUAUAGAGGGCAUGCUAAUGCACUACAUUGAGGAAGUACAGGGUGUGACGCAAAUCCUCGACGAGGAGGAAGAGGUUUCUCUGCAGGAGUUUGCCAAGUUUGAAGAGAAGUUGAAGCAGCAGCAGCAGAAGGAAACUGGCUCUGUUGCGGCACAAGUCAAUGACUCCGAGGUAGCACCUGUGGCAGCUCUAGAGAUAGUGAGAGGAUCUCUAGGAGCAAGCAAUACUAAACAUGCGGCGGAGCUUUGCACCCUCCUAGUCAACGAUCUAUACGGCGAGCUUCCUUCGCGAAUUCUUGCCGCGCUUUUCGCCAAAGGCCGAUCAAACAUUACACAGCUCGGGCUAUAUACGCAGCUUGGCCCUCGACAAGUUCGCAAUGGCCUAGGCGUCCUCAACCAGCAGAAUCUGCUAUACCACCACACAGACACCACUACCAAGCGCACCACCUACGAAGCCAAUCCCGGAGCAUGCUACAACCUCGUUCGAUCUGGCAAGAUCUUGGAGAUGAUCGAUAGCCAAUACGGCACUGCGGAGCGCGACCUAGUUCAAACCCUGCUGCUGCUGGGCUAUGCGAGAAUCGCCGAGCUGACUCACGCAUACCAAUCCCGCGCACCGACGUCCAACGGCCAUGCGAAUGGUCAUGGUGCGAAUGGACCCAGCUCCGGCUUGAUUGGGUCCGAAGCUGAGCUUCACGAUGUCCUGAGUCACUUGAUUCGCUGCGAAAUUAUCGAGACGGUCAGGCCACAGUCCUUUCGCAAUCCCAACGAUGUUUACCACGAGAUUGAGGCGGACGUCACCAAGACAGCUCCGGGCGAGAAGGCAUCAAAAACCAAGGUCGACCAGCAAAGGCAGAUAAUGGAGCAAUAUCGAUCAUUCAGAGACCAGCCAACAGCUUUGAAGAGGCAGCUUGAUCAGUUUGGGGGCCCGGUAACGAAGAGAAGAAAGCUCGAAGGUGGGUCAGGGGAAGAUGACAGAGCGAUGGAUUAUGACAUUCCACCUCUUAAUCCAAAUGUGGUUGUCAGAGUCAACUACGAAAAAUGUCUGGUUGAAUUACGCAGCCACCGCCUGGCUAGUUUCGCCAAGGACAUUCUUGGAGAGGUAACUGGCGAAGUGUAUCGCACACUGCUUGGACUUCUCACUUCCGAAGUCUCUAGAUGCCGGGCGGAUCCUUUCCUCGGAGAAGAGGCGAUCACUCACCAAGCUGCUGUAACUACAAUGGACGUGUAUGAGCACCUAGACGAGGCAGUCAACGUUGCGGCGGGAAUUGGCAAAGCCCCGAAAGACAAGAUUGACUAUCAAAGCGCAGAAAAGAUUAUGACAGCGCCUGCGGGAAGCGAUACGUUCGCUGGCGACUCGGACGAUGAUGCAGGUGGCGCUUUUGACAGCGACGAUGACUCCGAUGACCUGAGCCGCAAUGGAGCCUUUUCUCGAAAAUCUCGAUCAAUAUCCAAGACAAAUGGUGGUAAACCAAAGGUGACGUUUGAAGACGCAGCAACAUCUACGGACAACCGCCUGGACCAGAUGCGCCAGCAUCUCUUGCUGUUGUCGGAGAGCAAACAUCGCUUCGUGCGCCACUGUGGAACACAGGGUCGGGGGCAAUGGACGGUUGAUUUCGAUCAGGUUAUGGGGCGUCUUCGAGACACUGAGCUGGAUGCCUCGAUCGAACAAUCCUUUGGACGGCAUGGACUCCGUCUUACUCGUAUCCUGCGUGAAAAGGGCAAGCUGGACGAAAAGAUGUUGCCAUCUGCAGCUCUGAUGAAGAAGACGGACGUGCAAGCGAAGAUGCUUGCCAUGCAGAUGGGUGGUUUGGUCGACGUACAGGAAGUUCCCAAGGACAACACACGAGUGGCCAACCGGACCCUGUUCUUCUGGUUCUUUGACAGAGAUCGAAGCCAGGCACAGAUACUAGAUGACCUAUAUAAAGCCAUGGUCCGCUGCUUGCAGACGCUGCAGGUAGAGAGACAUAGGGAGCGCAACAUUUUAUCCUUUGUCGAGAGAAAGGACGUUAUGGGAAAGGAAGAAGAGGUGAUGACGGCAGAGCAUUAUAACAAGUACAACAAGCAUUUGGAAGAGCAGAACAAGCUUCUUGGACAGAUGAUGAGAUUGGAUGAGGUUGUUUCGAUAUUCCGAGACUAUUAG